AUGCCUGAAUACUCUGCAUCAGAGUCUCCAAUUGAAAAGAGACAAAGCAGUGGUGAGAAUAUCCUUGGUGGUAAUGAGGUAUCUGUACAUGACUUCAUUGCAGAAAGUAGACCUUGGUACAAGGUGCCUCACUUGAGACAGUUGUCAUGGGCAAUUUUCUUAAUUACUAUUACAUCUACCAACAAUGGUUACGAUGGUUCUAUGUUGAACGGUUUGCAAUCUUUGCCCUACUGGCAUUCUGCAAUGGGUAAUCCAACUGGACACAGGCUCGGUGCCUUGAGUAAUGGUGUAUUGUUUGGUGGUUUUGCUUGCAUGCCUUUUGCUCCUCUCUUCACUGAUCGUUUUGGAAGAAGAAAUGCUGUUAUUCUCGGACAGGGUUCUACUAUUGUUGGUGCUAUCUUGCAAGGUGCCUCGACAAAUUACGGUUUCUUUUUGAGUUCGAGAAUCAUUCUUGGUCUUGGUGGAGCUUUUUCAGCCAUCGCAUCACCGGCUUUAAUUUCUGAGUUAGCCUACCCUACCCACAGAGAAGUUUCCACUUUUGUUUACAAUGUCUGCUGGUACUUAGGUGCUAUAAUUGCAGCAUGGGUUACCUACGGUACUAGAGUCAUUAAUAAUGAUGCCUCCUGGAAGCUUCCAUCCUAUUUGCAAGGAGCUAUGCCACUUUUCCAGAUCUGUUUUUGCUGGAUGAUUCCCGAGUCUCCCAGAUUUCAUGUCGCAAAGGGAAAUGUUGAAAAGGCUAAAGCUUUUUUAUCUAAGUAUCAUAUUGGAAACUCUCAGGAUCCUCAGCAUAUUGCAUUGGUUGAGUUUGAGUUGAAAGAGAUUGAAGUUGCAUUGGAACUGGAGAAGCUUAACUCUAGGAUUUCUUAUUUGGACUUCUUCACUAAGAAGAGCUUCAGAAAGAGAUUUUUCCUUUUGGCUAUGGUUGGUGUCAUGAUGCAGCUUUCUGGGAACGGUUUGGUAUCAUACUAUUUAGUUAAGGUUUUAAUUUCCAUUGGGAUUACCGAGGAGAAGAAGCAAUUGCAGAUUAAUGGUUGCUUAAUGAUUUAUAACUUUGUCAUUUGUUCGACAUGUGCUUCGGUCGUUCGUUAUUUCAAAAGAAGAACAAUGUUCAUUGCGUGCGUGGGUGGUAUGUUGCUUUCUUUCGUGAUCUGGACAAUUUUAUCGGCUAUCAACCAGCAAAGGGAUUUCAAGGACAAAUCCUUGUCGAGAGGCGUUUUAGCAAUGAUUUUCUUCUUCUUUUUGUUCUAUGAUAUCGGAUUAAAUGGCUUGCCAUACUUAUAUGUUACCGAAAUUUUGCCAUACUCUCACAGAGCAAAGGGUCUCACCGUCAUGCAAUUUUUCAUGUUGGGGGUUUUGAUCUACAAUGGAUAUGUUAACCCAAUUGCCAUGGAUGCCAUUGAGUGGAAGUACUACAUUGUGUACUGUUGCAUUCUUGCUGUUGAACUUCUUAUUGUUAUCUUCACUUUCCCAGAGACGUCUGGUUACACCUUGGAGGAAGUGGCACAAGUUUUCGGCGACGAGGCACCUGAACUCUCUAACAGACACCUUAGUGCUGUUGAGGAGCAGAAGGCUUCCUUGGAGCAAGCAGAACGUGUUUAA